AUGCUGUCUCUCACCCUUCUUUCUCAUCCCUUUGAUGUUGCUGCCCCACUAAGGGAUGCCACAAACCUUGUCACACAUCCCCCUUACAUAAACCUUAUUUUAACCUAUGCAGAUGUUAUCAUCUCUAAACCCACUACUCUAGCCCUCUCAAACCCUACCAAACCCUCCUCGACUCUAGAUACAACAGUUCAAAAUACUGCAAGCUAUAAUGGGUCUUAUACGGCUAUUGCCACUCGUCAAGCAGAAUCCUAG